AUGCAGCAGGAGAUUCAAAGCCUCCAAACCCAGCUUGAGCUUUCCAACAGACGAGCCCUCGAGGCAGAGAGUGGAAAGCAAGAUCUGGUCCAAGUAGUGGGCAGUGCUCGGGCACAGAGCCUGAGGGCUCAAAGUGAGCUGGAAGAGGAGCGCAAUGCAUCUGAGAAGCUGCGCUCGCGCGUGGCCUGCUUGGACGGCGAGCUGGCCUCCGCACGCAAACAGCUGCAGAGCAUCCGCCAGGAGGCCUCCUCUCAGGCCGUGGCCAGCGCGCGCCAGCGCACGGAGGACCUCGAGGGCCGCCUCGCCAAAUCUGAGUCGCUCCGGCAGGCAGCAGAACGACAGCUAUCCACCUCCAAGCUUCGAGCCAUGGAGGCAAGGCAAGCGGCGGAGACAGCCACUUCCGAGCUCAACGGCUUGAAGGCAGUGCUGGAAGAGACACGGCUCAGCAAUUCCCAACGGAUUUCCGACUUGGAGAAGCAGGUCGGAGCUGAGACUGCAAGUGCUCGACGCGCCCAAGAGGAGCUGAUGGCCCUUGCUGUCGAAAUCGAGAGCGUCCGAAGUCAGAUGGGUGCUGCUGUGUCAAGAUUUGAAGAGGAGCAAGCCAAGUGGAAGGAGGACAGGGAGCAGACCCGGCAAGAGCUCCUGGACGAAAAGGAGCAACGUCGCAACGCCGAGUCCCAGCUGCAGCAAGAACUCCGGCAAGCCAAGCUGGAGCGCUUGGACGCAGUGCAGCAGCUGCAGGCCCUGCAGCAACAGUUGCGUCCAAGCGAGGCCGAAGAGUUGCGUUCGCACAGCGCGAGACGAGUGACACCAAGCGAGCGCGAACGGCUUGGACCCACCAAGGCCCCCGAGGAUGCAGCAGACGCGGGGAAAGCGGAGAGCAAGGCACCAGAGGUGCAGGAUUUGAACGGGGAGGCUUCGAAGGCUUCGACGAACUCCCAAGAGGAGCCUUCGAAAUUGGAUCUGACAGUCGAGGCGACAGAUGUUAGGAAGGCGCCUUCCAUGGACGCCGCAGACUUCGAGCGGCGGAUGAACGAGAAGGCACGCUUGAGGACCGAACUCGCUGAUCUCAGGAGAGACCUGGAACAGGCCGGCUUCACCAGCAAAGAUAUCAAGGCUGACAAGGAUGUGGCGCAACUGAAUGAAGCGAUUCGCCGCGUCGAUGCCGACGGCUUCGAAAGCUACAAGAGCUGGGCGAAGAAGAAUGGACUUUGGCUGGCAACAACGAGGAAGGAGUCCUAUACCCAGUUCAGAAGGACGAAGACAAAGCGCAAGAAAGGCUUGCUCACGCACGAGCACACGUCGAACACCCAGCACAGCAAAAGUGCGAAAGCCAGGAGGGCGGAGAGGAAGAAGAUCAUUGUAGCAAAACGGAAACAGCUGAAGGCACAGCGCCGCAAGCAGGCAGAAUUGACUCCGUUGGACGACGUUCCGUUGGAGUCGUCUGGGAUGGAAGAACCAGUGGAGGAUCCAGCGCCGUACAGCUGA